UCUCUCCCAUCUCCCCCCUCCCCUCUCUCUCUCAGCAUCUCUCUCCAUAACAUUUGCCGUUUUAUAUAUAAAAAAACUGUCCUGAUUAUUGUAAACUGAGCAGAGAGAAUACAGUAGCAUUCAAGGAAAUAUUAACAAAAUAUAGUAGGUGUAAGUAAACGUGGAAGUUCCUCAGCAAUUAAUAUAAUGACCUUUCACAUUCCACCUAUCAUUGCCAUUUCACACCCUCCAGUAUAUACUAUUUAUCCUAUCACUCUUACUUUACCAAAUAGUUACCUUCUCUCGCUAGUACUGUUUGUUUCUUAUCAAGUUUCUUUUAAUUUGUAGGCUUGAAAUCAACUAUCCGAGGCUAUUUUGGUGAAAUUUAAGGCAUUCUAUAAUUUUGAAUCAAGGACCAAGACUGAGAGGUGUAACAUUGUCAGGGCAUACCUUUUUGCAUUUCCAGGUGUCUGAUCAUUUAGAGCUGUAUUGAUUUAUUUUUUCUUGAGGUGGAACUAAAUGACGGUGAAGAAGCAAAAGAAGUUAAGUGGCCAUACAUUCAGAGCCUUAUUCAAACGCAGGGCAGUAAAAGCUAAGAGACCAGAUACACCUCUUGUAGUGCCUGAUAGUGUAGCGGAUUUUCUGACUGAACUCAGUGCGUCUUCUGAGAUAAAAAGGGUGGAUUCAAUUAUGCAAAAUGCUUACAUGCAGAAUGUCGAAAACAAUCAUCAUGAUGACAGUGUAGCUGAGGCAGAGCUUUCAUGUUGUACCAAGUCUAAAUUAUAUUUGGAUAUUGGAAGUCGGCAUCAUAGAUGUGCAAAUUGCAUGAAUGGGGGAACGCUUCUGAAAUGCAGUGGACAAGGAUGCAAAAGAAGAUUCCAUCUUUCAUGUGUCAAUCCUUCUUUAUCAUAUGUCCCUCCUGGGGUUUGGCACUGUAGUUGGUGCACAGAUCGAAAAAUUAAAUUUGGCAUGUAUUCUGUGUCUGAAGGAAUAGAGUCUAUCUGGGAUGCUAGACCGAACACGCAGGGGCAGAAAGAAUAUUUGGUGAAGUAUAAGGCUCUUGCACAUGUCCACAACCGCUGGUUGUCUGAGGCACAACUGAUUUCUGAAGCUCCAGAGUUUUUCAGAAAAUUAAAGAGAAUAAAUCAGAUCAAAGAGAACAAUGUAGAGUGGACUGUACCAGAUCGUUUGCUCGAUAAAAGAUUGAUUGUACUCCCUGAAAAUGACAGUAAUGUUUCAGAUUGCCAUUAUGAGUGGCUUGUGAAAUGGAAAUGCCUUGGUUACAGUCAAGCUACAUGGGAAUUGGAGAAUGCUUCAUUUAUGAGGACUCCUGGGGUUAUGAAGCUCAUGGAUAAUUUUGAAAAUCGUCAUAAGAAAUCUGAUAGAGUAGUACAUUCUCCUGAAAAAUCCAAGCUGCAGGGAAGAGGAAGAACCUUCACUGAACUGUCAAAGAUGCCACUUCAAGGGUCUCCUGAUAUAUGUAACUUCAAUCUUACUUAUGUCAACAAACUUCGUGAAUAUUGGCACAGAAGCCAGCAUUGUCUUAUAAUUGACAAUCAGGAGAGAGUCGUAAAGGUGGUUUUAUUCAUACUAUCUUUUCAGAGAUGUCUAAAGCAGCCUUUUCUCAUAAUAACUGCAGCAAGUGAUCUACCAUUGUGGGUAGCACAGUUUUCUCGCUGGGCAUCAAGUGAAAAUAUAGUAGUAUACAUGGGGAAUAAAGACAUUCGAUCUAGUAUCAAAACCUUGGAAUUUUACAAUGAAGGUGGUUGUAUAAUGUUCCAAGUUCUUCUAACACUUCCUCAAGUUGUUGCUGAGGAUGUAGAAGUUUUGGAAGCGAUAAAGUGGGAAGCCAUAAUAAUAGAUGAGUGCCAACGACGCAGUGUUUCGAAUUGUUUGACACAAGUUAAGAUGCUCGCUGUUAAUAUGAGGCUGUUUACCGCCAGUCAUGAAAUAAAGGAUAAAAGGCUCAACUAUGAAGCUAUGCUUUCCUUGCUUGAUCCAAAAUUUGACCAACCUUCUCAACAGACUGAGCCUAAUCUGGAGUUUUGUGAUUUAAAAAAACGAUUAGCACCUUUCGUUGCCUUUGAGUGCAAUUAUGGCAUGUCCAAAUUUGCUGAAUACUGGGUUCCUGUUCAUCUUUCUAAUGUCCAAAUUGAGCAGUACUGCGAGUCACUUCUUUCCAACACUCUGACACUUUGCUCAAAUGCAAAAAUUGAUUCUGUUAAUUCUCUUCGUGAGCUUCUCAUUUUGACCCGAAAGUGCUGUGACCACCCUUUUCUAGUAGAUCAUUCGGUGCAAAGUUUUCUUGCUACUAGUCUUCCUGUGUCUGAAUCCUACCAUUUGGACCUUGGAAUAAAAAUCAGUGGCAAGCUACAACUUCUUGACAAAAUCCUUACUGAGGCUAAGGAGCGUUCACUUAAAGUACUAGUCAUGUUUCAGUCGCUUGGAGGUUCUGGACAAAUAUAUUCAGUUGGAGAUAUCUUGUCUGACUUUGUCCAUCAGCAAUUUGGCCAAGAGUCUUAUACUAGAAUUGAUAGAGAAAUAAUUCGCUUAAAGAAGUAUGCACCGCAGGUUAUCAACAUGGAAGAUGGUGGAAAAUUUGUCUGCUUGAUCGAAAGUCGUGCAUGUUGUUCACGCGUCAAAUUUUCAUCUCUGGACAUGGUUAUCUUAUUUGGCAGUGACUGGAACCCAAAAAAUGACUUGCGUGCCCUGGAAAAGAUCACUAUCGAUUCACAGUUUGAUCAAAUUAAAGUCUUGCGCUUAUAUUCAUCUUUUACUGUUGAAGAACAAAUACUUGUUUUAGCAAAACAAGGGGAGACAUUUGAUGGCAAUGUGAUGCAUAUUGGCCGAAGUACUUGUCAUCGUCUGCUAACAUGGGGUGCCAACUACCUAUUUAAUAAGCUUAAUGUUAUCCAUGAUCGUGAUUUGCCAGUUUUACAGUUAAACAAUGAAUCUCAACAGUCUCUGUUGGACGACGUCUUCCAUGAGUUAUUGGCCAUAUUCCCUAAAACUUUUGAGACUUCUGAUAGUAUUAAAUGCUCAAUCAUUUCAUAUGUACAACAGAUUGAAGGAGCAUAUAAAUGUAAUACUAUGCUAUUUGGGGAAAAGGAAUUUCCAUUGAUGCAAAAUUAUGCUGUGAUAAAGCAAAUUAUGGAGGAUGAACCACCACAUGUCCUAUGGUCAAACUUGCUUGAAGGAAAAGAGCACAAGUGGAAGUAUUUACCUGAGCAGUCACCAAGGAAAAGGAAAAAGGUUAAAUAUUCUUUGGACUUGCUAGAAGAAUCUGCAACUCAAGUAAUUUCUUCUAAAAGAAAUUGUAAUCGGGGAAUUAGUAAUACAGGAAACCGGACAAAAUCAAUUAUAAAUGGAAAAUUUAAGCAUUUAUUCGACAGGACUUUCAAAAAAUCACCACAAUCAACGAAGCGUAUGCGUGCUGUCAAUCAUGCAAGUAAGUUAUCAUCUGCCCCUCGCAGGUUAAGAAAAGCAACACAGAAGGGGAAUGGAGCAGAUGAAGUGAAUUUAGGAGAACAUGAUAUGCAUGAUGUCAAUCAUGUAAGUAGCCCCUCAUCCUUGCCUCAAGGACCUGCUGUGGGAAAGUUUAAGCAUUUAUUGGGCAACACUUUCAAGAGAUCACCAUGUUCAACAAAACAUAUGCUUGCUGUCAAUGAUGCAAGUAAGCCUUCAUCUGUAUCUUGCGGGUCUAAUAGCGUUUCACAAAAGGUCAAUGGAGGAGAUGAAGUGACCUUGGGAGCACAUGAUAUGCACAAUAUCAAUCAUGCAAGUAGCCCUUCGUCCAUGCCCCAAGAGUUUAAUUGCGCCUCACAGGAGUUCGGAGGAGAUGAAUUGACUCUAGGAGAACGUGCUACACAGAGUGGGCAGUACAAUAAAUCUCCUUCAAUGAGGGGAGAAUUGUCUUCUGAUAGCUUACUUGCACUGCAACACCAAACCAAUCCUUGUCAACUUGGUUCAUAUCCGUUGCAUCAGCAACUUUGCUCUCCUAAUCCACCUCCUGAACUUCCAGAACGACCAAUUGUAGAAGAGAUGUCAAGGCUUCCUUCAGAUGUUUAUCCUGUCUCAACUUUGCCUUCACAAAUGUCCGGAGACAUCAUCUUUGAACAUGGUAACAUUAAUCUACAACACCCCAUGACAUCUGAGGCCCUUCAGUGCAUACCACUUCAGAUGGAAAUGGAAAGGGGAAAACAGUGCAUUGAGCAAGCUGUAAAAAUAUGUGAAGAUAUGAAAUUGAGACUCAUUUCUGACCGCGACAAAGAGAUAGCUGAGAUACACAAUAAAUAUAAUCUGCUCUUUCAGCAAGCUGAGUUGACUUCAAAGAGACACGUGCAUGAUCUGAAAAUACGCUACGCAAAGGUUUGCAGAACCCAGUUAUUGGCCAGGGCGUUUCUACAAAUGAACUAUCCUGGCAACCAAGAUUUGUUGCUAGCAACGCAAAAAGAAGGUCACCUGUGUGGUCAGCCUGUAACAGGGGCUACCCCAGUGCCAGCCGUUGAUGAUCAGUCUUCCAUGGAACGACACGCGGUUUCUGAUCACAUUCCCCAAUCAGACAAUAUGGUGAAUCAGACGGCAGUUAUAUACCCUGCUGCUGAAGUGACGAUUCCAAGAAUUGAACAGUCUUUGAUUGAUCUGCGAAUGAAUAGCCUAACACCUGUGACUUCUUCAGUGGAGGCAGUGGUACUUUCAUCGUCAGUUCAUAGUGGGGCAAGGAACAUGUCUUGUUUCUCUCAGUUGCCAGCUUGCCAUGUAACUGAUUUACAAGCAAAUCAAGCCAUGCAGUCUGGUCGAUUUGCUCGGAAUCAAUUCCGCAACAAUGCCCCUGCUCCCCACCUUAGACAUAGUAGACUGUCAAAUAUACCGAUUUCUAAUCUUCCAACCUAUCCGAAUAUAUUGCCAAAUCCACAGUUGCAUCAAAAUUUGACUCCUGUACAAUCUGCUUUCCAAUCUGGAUCAUUGCUGGAAAUUGUUAAUCAGAGAGUUGACGAGUUAACAGUUGAGCUGCCUGAGCUGCCGCAGCAACUAGAUUCCAGCAAUUUCCUUUAUUCAAGCUUCUGAAGUCAUGAGUUGUUUGCUGUGUACAGCUCUACACUGCAACUCAUGGUGUUCUCAUCCUGCACAUAGGCCAUAGGGAACUAUUAAUGGUCAGUUUAAGUUUAGAAGUACAAGGUAUAGAAAACACGUAUCUAGUGCCAAUUUUGCUAACGUUACUCGGAAUAGAGGCCUUAGAAGCUGCUGCUAGUUGUAUAUCAUAAAUAAUUUCAUAUGAAUAGGAUUCAUAUUUAACAACAGAACUUGUGUUUGAUGGUCUCAAAUUUUGUGGCUCUA